UGCAGAAACUGGAGGCAACGUCGACGAAGAAGAAGAGACCCGGAGGAGGAAGUGUGUGUUCACCAUCGGCCCCAUGUGUUGCGGUUCACUCGUUCAUUCAUUCUUCGGGAGGACAGCUGUAGCUCCACUUCAUACUGAAGUUUGCGAGCAGCGACGCGGAGCCAGCUAACGCACAAACAGCGCCAGAGCUUUGGAAAAGUCACAGUGAGAAAGUCAAGUCCGGUAAAUACAUGAAAGGCGCAGUGGAAACCAGUAUGAAGGAGAACCGGUGGAACAUAGCCCCCAAUGCUCCAGCAUGCAUGGAGAAACAUCUGUGCUCGGCGCAAUACAGAGCAGAUGGCACCCUCCUGCUCGGUGCCUCCAGCCUCAGUGGCAGGAGCUGGCAGGGAUCUGUUUGGAUCUACAGUGACCCUUCAAAGGCCCCCAACGAGGAGCUCUGCAAAGCUGGCGUGCAGACUGAGGCUGGAGUCACAGAUGUCAAAUGGGUAUCGGAAAAAGGCGUCAUAGUUGCUUCAGACUCUGGUGCCUUGGAGCUCUGGGAACUGGCCGAGGAUGAGCGCCUGUUGGUGAAUCGUUUUACCAAACAUGACCACGACAACAUUGUCACCACGGUGAGCCCGGUGACUGGAGCGAGCAGUGCUGUCACCGGCAGCAUGGACUGUCGAAUUAAAGUCUGGGAUCUCAGUCAGGAAACCGUUGUGAACACCUACAAUGUGCACACUCAGCCCAUCAAUUGUGUUGCCUGCAGUCCUACAGAUGAGUCUCUCUUCAUCUCCUGUGGUCAGGAUGGUCGUGUGCUGAUGUGGGACAGGAGGAAGCCGAACAAACCAGCCUCUAGAAUAGAUUUAGAGUCCCCCAGCUGCUCCCCUACCACUGUAGCUUGGCACCCCCACCACAGAAGCACCAUUGCUUUUGGCGACGAGCUGGGCAGGGUGACUGUGAAGGACUUCCUGGGAUCAGAGCCGACCCGGGUGCAGAACGUCCACAGCCGCAGGGUUACUGGGCUUGCCUUCUCUACACAUAGUGCCUCAAUGCUAGCCUCCAUUAGUGACGAUUGUUCCCUCGCCGUUUUGAACUGUGACCUGCAAGAAAUACUUAGAGAUCGGCAACACCAGGACUAUGUCAGAGGUGUGUGCUGGCUCCAUGGUGGCUCCAACACUCUCACAACCGUAGGCUGGGAUCAUCUGGUGCUUCACCACGCGGUGGAUCCAGCCGCUGGAACUCCUAACUCCAACUCUUAGACCCGACAGAUGCUCACACACUUGGGAAGAGCAUGGUUUAAAAACUAUUACUUUCCCCCCUGUUUUGAGGGGUGUCCAUGUCUGUCUAAAAAGUGAAAUGUAACAUGUCAGUCAUAAAAUAUAGAUUGAAGAGUUUCAGUAUCAUUUAGUUAGAUGUGUGCACAAUAUUUGGACUUUAGACUUAUCCCGGCAUUACGCUACUCUGCCAUACAGUCUCUAUCCACUUCCAUCAUGCUGUAUGGCAUUUCCAUGUGUGACUAUAGUAAAGACAACCCAUUUGAAUUGUGUAAUUUUACAUUAAAGGAACUUAAUGUUGUGAUAGCAAAAGCAUUUUGACAUCUUUGUGUUUCCUGUAAUUUAUCAUAUGAUAACUGAAAGACUACAGGGAGAAAGUGUAUCUUGAAAUAACAUGGG